GGUUUUAGAAGGGGUUUUCUGCGUUUUCGUACACUAGUCCAAGCUCAUAUCUACAACCCUAAAUUUAUGCAGGAGAACGCCGGGAAGAUCAGACAAACAAAGAGCAAUACCCAGCUGAUCAAGGCUGUGGGAUAGGCGUUAGGGUGUAUCGCAGCGUUUUCGGGGAAAAAGGAAUGCAGGGAUCAAGCUAAAACAAAGCAAGACGCGCACCUAUCCAGCAUAAGAGGAAGGAGGAGCUAGCUGCAUAAAAGAUACAAGGGUAAAGACAUUGCCUCAACCUCUCACAAUUCGUCGAUUACAUUUACAAACCUGAACUACACAAGCUUCCCCUAACUGGUAGAUUGGUAAAAUCUAUAAUGACCGAGGCUAAGACAACAUCGGACAUGGACGAAGGAAUUAGCAGACAAGCUCCUCAGCUGAUUGGGGUUCUGAAGGAAAUGAAAGAAGGUUUGGAUACAGUGAGGUCCAAGGUGCAGGCUUUGACUACAAAGGUCAAAGCGAAUCAGUUUCCCACUGCAGAUGGGAUAAGUUAUCUUGAAGCCAAACAUCUUUUACUUCUGAACUAUUGUCAGUCACUGGUCUAUUAUUUGCUACGCAAGGCCAAAGGGCUUUCGAUUGAUGGACAUCCAGUUGUUCAGAGUUUAGUAGAGAUAAGACUUUUUCUGGAGAAGAUGCGUCCAAUUGAUAAGAAGAUGCAAUAUCAAAUUCAGAAACUCACUAGAGUAACUGAAAGUGUAUCUGAGAAAUCUGUUUUGACUGAAAAAGGAUCAGAUACAACUCAGAAAGAGGACCUGUUGAAAUAUCGUCCAAAUCCUGAAAUGCUCACCAGCAAAACAACACCAGAGGACUCUACUGGUGUAUAUCGACCACCAAAACUUGCACCUGCUAUCAUGAAUGAAGAUAAGACGUCAAGGCAGGAGAGAAAUGCUUUGAGGAAGGAGCAAGAGAUGCUUCGACAGGCUAAACAAAGCACAUAUAUGAAAGAGUUGAUAGAUGAUAUUGAGGGAAGACCCGAAGAGUGGAGAGAGGCGGUUGGAACUGAGAGUAGAGAACUUAAACGGUACAUGGCUAAGAUGGAAAAACGUGCACAACAAGAAGAAGAGCAAUUCUCUCGUGCUCCUCUCACGAAAUUGGAGAAAAAGAAAAUGAAACAUCUAAAGAAGUCACGAAAUGGGUUGCUUGGCCUGACUGAGAGUUUCUAUGAUGAGAUCAAGACUUUACCUUUUGAAGAAGGUGUUUCCGAUCAUAAGGACUUGGGAAGUAGUGCUACUGUUGAAAGAAAGCAGAAGAAACGUAAGAGAAAGAACUAACCAACUCGAAGAUACUGGACCAACAGAUUUCACUUGAGGAAUGGUUAAAUGCCUCUUCAUAUAGUUUAUCAAGCAGGAAUUGCUUUGGUUUUUUUUUCCUCAAAUGUUUGUUACUAUUAAAAAUGUAUUCUACAAGGCAAGAAAAUUUAGCACAUUACCUUGAGAAAUUUUGGAUAAAUAAAGAGUAGUGGGUGUUUUACAA